AUGUCCAUCUCCUCGCUGACUUCGCUGAGCUUGUGCAAUGUCGAUCUGCCCGGCGAAGCUUGGGAGGAGCUCCCGAAGUUGCGAGGAUUGCGAGACCUGACGAUCCAGAGGAGAGCACCGCCAAAUUCGUCCACCAGCGCAGAGAUGCAGACGGCAUCGCCGGCUCUGGAGCGCGCUCUGCUGCAAGUGGUGCAGAAUUGUCGGAGCUUAAGGAAACUGGACCUCUAUGGCAUGUGGUCCGCCAUUACCGACAAGCUGUGCCUGCUGUUGUUGCACAGUAAUCUCUCCUGGCCUUAUGGCAGUGGCCUUCGGUUUCUGCGCCUGGACCUCCGCUACGGCUGUGCCGCCGAAGAGGUGCUCCGGGCCGUGAAGGCUUCGGCAGCCCAAGCCAUGUCGGUUCGCAUUCUGCCGCAGGAUUCGUCGUCGUCGUCGCCAGUGCUGCCAGGCCUUGUGAAGGCCCAGGCGAAGAUUCGCGGGUACCUUGUCAGAAAGCAAGCCGAGACACACAAGUGGACGUACAUGUUCCCCUUCACCUCCUGCUACACUGCAGCUUCGAAAGUCUGCAUGGAACUUGCCGAGCACUUCUCAACCGGCACCGUGAGCUCCAUGGAAGGCACUUCUGCAGAAGGACGGCCCCAAGCACAAAGCCUGCAGGGCGGCUGUGAGACGCUGGACUUUGAGGAAGAUGCCUCGCCUGCUUUUGCCGCUGUUCAGCUUACGGCAUCGCUUCAUCGAAGCUCCGAAGUCAGUGCUUCCAGUGCGGAUCUGCUGGAACCCAGCUGCCUGCUGGCAGCACCAGGGCUGUCGGCAGCCAUCCACCGCGUCCUUGGCAAGCUUGAUCGCAGUCUGGCCCAUGCCGCUGCGCCUGCUUCGCCCACUGAGCGCGUGCAGGUGGAGGCUGGCGAGGCGGCUCUUGCCGAGGCUGCCGCAAGGGCCGGCUGCAAUCUGGCGAGCCUGGAAGCGACGAAGCACAAAAGCGCCGUCUCCUCCGCAUCCCGCAGCCUGAUCAGGUUGGUGGACUCCCUCGAGGAUCUGCACCUGAUGCCGUCGAGCAAAGGAGAAGCGACGCAUGGGAGCGCAACGAACACCACCUUCUUCGAGAGCGUGGACCAGGCCUCGGGCCGCAUCGGCACCGGCAUGCUUGGGCAGGGCUGUGGUGACAAGAGCGUUUCCGAGGUGGCCAUCACCGUCACACAAGAGGCACCCUUCCUGUGGAGCAACCUCACCGGCGCGGGCAUGAGCUUCGAGAUUGGCCCGCCCUGCGCCGGCACCCACCUGAUCUCGGGCAAGAUGUGGCCUACGACGGUGACGGCCGAGGGGAUCUCGGGCAAGAUCCGCGCGGGCUUCGUGAACCUCCGGUCCACCAUGAGUGGCACCUGGAGUACAGGGCCCUCGGGCCUGGCAGGGAACCUGACGGUGGCUUUUCAGGAGCUUCUGGAGGUGGAGUGGACCUGGAAGCCGGUGUGCCGCGGAGAAUUCGCCGCUGCCGUCGGGCACAGGCGUCUUGACAGACUAGACGCACAGCUCCUGCUCUACAUGAGCCGCUUCCGAAGCGUUUGGGAUGCGCCGACAGAGCCAGAAGAGCUGCCUCAGGCCGCCUUGCCUGCAUCCAGCAGGCGGGCCGACGAAGCCGUGCGUCGGCUGGUGGACGUGUCCGUGUCCCCUCCGAAGCUGGAGCCGCCGGACUUCAGCCUGGGUCCGCAGGACCCGGUCUUCCAAGAGCCGAGUCCCAACGAAUCCCAGCCCGGUACUUCGAAUCCAGGCAAGCCCGUUUCCGAUGCCGCGGGAGGGGACGACGCGAACCCCGACCCCGGGCCGAUUGCUGUGCGAAGCACGGGGCACUCCACUUACGGUCACCAGGAGCAGCCUGCGCAAAGUCCGCAGGGUGAUAUAGCGGAGGAGCCCAAUCGUCCGGAGACGGAAGGCCAAGCAGAGGAAGCCGAAGCGAGACUCCCCACAUUGAGUCGCAAUGUUGGUUUGGGUGCUGGCUGCUUGCCGCACCGACGUGUUGGAUUGGGUCUUCAGAAACAUGCUGGGGCUUGGCGCCUUCGUGGUGUUGCUGCUGCUAUAACUGGCCUGGCUGCAAGCACUACCAGCAGGUCUUUUGCCUCCGAGACGCGGGCACGCUCCGCGCUUCCUUCGGAGAGAAUCGAUGAGGUCGGCUACAUCACGGACUUGGAGGGCGACUUAGACACCUUCAACCGCUACCUGGGAAGCGGGAGAGCUGUGCUUUACAGGGACGAGAAGGAGUUGCUCCAGCUUCGCUCCCCGACCUCUGCCUUCGUCUUCGGUGGCGAUUUGUUCGAUCGGGGCCCUGGAGACCUGCAGCUCGCCAGGGAGCUCGUUGGCCUGAAAAAGAGGCAUCCCGACCGGGUCUUUCUGAUCAUGGGAAACCGGGAUAUUAACAAAAUGCGCUUCACCGCAGAGCUUCAGGCGGAGGAGGUCGCUCUGGGCUCCGAGUCUGCCUUCGAGCCCUGGUGGGAUCCGAAAGCCACGAAGUUGGCAGAUUUUUUGGCCAAGAAGGGCUAUUCGGACACGCCCGUAGCACGACUGAAGUGGAUGCUGACGUGCACCCUGGGCUCGCCACAGGCCUUCGGUCACCGGCGCGCGGAGCUUGCGCUCCUCGCCGGCAAGGACGUCGCUGAGAUCUCGGAAGAGGAGGUGCUGGAGAGCUAUUCUCAGUCAGUGCUGGACAAGAAUGGCGAGGUAGUGGCCUAUCUUCGGAAUGCACAAGUUGGGGUGAUCAUUGGCGACACCCUCUUCGUCCAUGGAGCGGUGGAGAAGCAGGCUUUGGGCUUCGUGCCCAGCGCCACGCUCCGAUAUCGGAGGAACAGCCCCGAGGAGGUGCGGGGAGUAGGCUGUCGCCAAGACCUGGCUCUGCGUGAGUGGAUCGAGGGGCUGAACGACUUUGCUGCAGAGCAGGUCGAAGCCUGGCAGGGAAGGCCCUUCUGGCAACCGGCUGCUGCCACUGGCCGCAUCCGCGGGGGGGAGGCGCUGAUGGCCUACCAGUGCCGCCCAGCCAUGGCGCUGCACACUGUGGUGGUGACCUGCUACGUGGACGGACACGCCAUGCCGGCAAGGAAGGCCAUCGACGAAGAUAAGUUUGAGGGCUACCAGAAGUGCUCAGAUCCCAUGAACAAGGAAGUUCUGCAGUACCUGCUGGACGGAGGUGUUCGGCGGGUCGUGGUUGGGCACAAGCCCAGCGGUCAGGCUCCUGCAGUCCUGCACACUGCUGGCCUGGAUGGCUUGGGCUACGAAGUGGUGUCUGCUGAUACGAACUAUGCCAGCUCCGAAACUUCCUGCCUUCGAGGGGGUUCCUGGGCUGAGGUGCGCAUCUCACUGAAAGCCGGCAGCAGCCAGACGCGACUGCACGGAGUCUUGCCAGAUGGCAGGGGCGAAUAUGAUUUCCAUCUGCCUGCUCUGGGGACCAGCACUUCAGGGUGGGAGGACGGAGAUCCCCUCAUUGGCCACGAGACGAGCGACGGCUGGUGGGUUCGUGCCAGGCUCGGUGCCCUCAAGGACUCUCAGAGUUUGUACCUCUUGUCCAAGGGCAUUGGGCGAAAGGCCAAGUACGUCACAAAGGGAGCUGCCCAGUUCCAGGUCUUUCAGGAGCCUCCCUCUCUAAGUCCUCGCCGCACCUAG